CUCAGUGACCUGUUGCAAAGCCUGUUAGAUGUUCUGCAAAGGUAAUUGAAUAUUCCAGGCAACUCUAUUCCCAGAACACGGGUUUAAUUUAAAACAGACGCACAACUGCGAGCGAAACCAGUGUGUGUUUUCUCUGAUUUAGUCCGGAUAGAAUAGGAAUAAGACUGUCAGACUGACUCUAGGCAUCUUUAAUGGCGCUCAGUGGAUUUAAUCUUUAUCGCGGAGACACCCGGAUGUUGCGAAGAGGCUUCAGCAUCAGCACCAUCAUCAUCAUCAUCAUGAUUAUCAUCAACAGCGGUCUAAACAUGAUAGAUAAGAUGUGAUAAUCACGCGAACUGGACUAUAGCAAACAAUAAAACAGGGUUUCAAUGUGGAGGAGGGGAUGGACGAGUCAGAGGAACCGACGGAAGGAGGGGCCAACUAUGCCAGUGGCACCAGAGUCCCGGUCCCCAGUGAAGCUCCUCCCACCUGGACCGAAGAGCUGUCAAUCACCAGCGGCCACUCCCCGGCCCAGGCCGCCGCUCUCUCCUGGCAGGCCGCGAUCCGCGCCGCGAGACAGUCUCCGGAAGUCCCGAAGACCCUGAACCCCUCGGCCCCUGCGAGCGCGGGCCCCGUCAGCUCUCUGGCCCAGAGGAAACGCCAGCAAUACGCCAAGAGCAAGAAACAGGGAAGCACUUCUAAUAGCAGACCUCCCAGAGCUCUCUUCUGCCUGACUCUCAAUAACCCUGUGCGCAGAGCGUGCAUUAGCUUAGUGGAGUGGAAACCUUUUGAUAUCUUUAUACUGCUGUCGAUUUUUGCCAACUGUGUGGCCUUAGCUGUUUACAUCCCCUUCCCUGAAGACGAUUCCAACUCAACUAAUCAUGAUUUGGAAACAGUAGAAUAUGCCUUCCUGAUCAUUUUCACGAUUGAAACCUUCCUGAAGAUCAUCGCGUAUGGACUGGUGAUGCACCAGAACUCCUAUGUGAGAAACGGCUGGAAUAUGCUGGAUUUUGUCAUCGUCAUCGUUGGUCUCUUCAGUGUUGUGCUGGAGCUGAUAACCAAAGAUCGAGAUGUCAGCGGGCAGACGGGUGGAAAGCCAGGCGGGUUCGAUGUCAAGGCUUUACGAGCGUUCAGAGUUCUGCGGCCCCUUCGUCUGGUCUCAGGAGUGCCAAGCUUACAGGUGGUGCUGAACUCCAUAAUUAAAGCCAUGGUUCCUCUGCUUCACAUCGCUCUGCUCGUACUCUUCGUCAUCAUCAUCUACGCCAUCAUCGGUCUGGAGCUGUUCAUCGGGAAGAUGCACUCAACCUGCUAUCUAAACGGCACGCGUACAUUAGCAGAAGAGGAUUCUGCUCCCUGUUCUCUUUCAGGUCAUGGGCGUCACUGCCCUGUCAAUGGCACCGUGUGUCGGGACGGCUGGCACGGGCCCAACAACGGCAUCACUAACUUUGAUAACUUCUUGUUUGCCAUGUUGACUGUGUUCCAGUGCAUCACCAUGGAGGGCUGGACCGAUGUGCUGUACUGGAUGAAUGACGCCAUGGGUUUUGAGUUGCCUUGGGUCUAUUUCGUCAGUCUGGUCAUUUUCGGCUCCUUCUUUGUCCUUAAUCUAGUACUGGGAGUUCUCAGUGGCGAGUUCUCCAAGGAGCGCGAGAAGGCCAAGGCUCGUGGAGAUUUCCAGAAACUGCGUGAGAAACAGCAGCUUGAAGAGGAUCUGAAGGGAUAUCUGGAUUGGAUCACACAAGCUGAGGACAUCGACCCUGAUAAUGAUGAAGAGGGAGAUCAGGAGGCCAAACGCAACCGGGUGACGCUGGGCGAUCUGUCCCACGGGAAGAGCUCGGGAAACUCUGGCUGGUUCAGUCAGUCCACUGAGACCCAGGCAAGUGUCCCCAUAAGCGAGAACGAAUCUGUGAACAUGGAGAACCCAGAAGAGACUGAGAAGAUCUUCUGCUGUGGACGCGUCUGUCAGAAAUUGUCAAAGUCGAAGUUCAGCCGCUGGCGUGGCUGGAACAGGUUCUGUCGCAGGAGGUGCCGAGCUGUGGUGAAGUCCACCGUCUUCUAUUGGCUGGUGAUUCUGCUGGUGUUCCUCAACACACUCACGAUAUCAUCUGAGCAUUAUAACCAGGCCGACUGGCUCACAGAGGUCCAGGAUGUGGCUAAUAAGGUGUUGUUAGCCCUGUUCACGUGUGAGAUGCUGAUAAAGAUGUACAGUCUGGGGCUUCAGGCGUACUUCGUGUCGCUCUUCAACCGCUUCGACUGCUUCGUAGUUUGCGGAGGCAUUGUGGAGACGAUCCUCGUGGAGUUCGAGGUCAUGUCUCCGCUCGGCAUCUCUGUGUUUCGCUGCGUUCGGCUCCUCAGGAUCUUUAAAGUCACACGGCACUGGGCGUCUCUGAGUAAUCUGGUGGCUUCUCUGUUGAACUCCAUGAAGUCGAUCGCGUCUCUGCUGCUGUUGCUCUUCCUCUUCAUCAUCAUCUUCAGUUUGCUCGGCAUGCAGCUCUUCGGCGGGAAGUUCAACUUCGACGAGACCGUUACUAAACGAAGCACUUUUGACAACUUCCCUCAAGCCCUGCUGACUGUGUUUCAGAUCCUGACGGGUGAGGACUGGAAUACAGUGAUGUAUGAUGGGAUCAUGGCGUAUGGAGGACCCUCUUCCUCAGGCAUGCUCGUGUGCAUCUACUUCAUCAUCCUCUUCAUCUGUGGGAACUACAUCUUACUGAAUGUGUUCUUGGCCAUUGCUGUGGAUAACCUGGCAGACGCUGAGAGCCUGAACUCGGCCCAGAAAGAGGAGGAGAAGAGGAACAAGAGGAGGAAGAGCAGGAGUAUGAGCAUAUUCAAGAGAGAUGGUGACGAGGGAAACUUUAAGGCGUCUGGUGAUCAGGAGGCCGAUCAGGAUCAGGCCGAGGAGAUGAUUGACUCUUUAGAGGAGGAUGAGGAGCAAGAGCCCGUGGUGCCGUCGGGGCCGAGGCCUCAGAGACUGUCAGAGCUGAGUCUCAGAGAAAAGACUCCACCGAUCCCAGAGGGAAGCGCAUUCUUCAUCUUGAGCAACUCCAACCCGAUCCGUGUGGCGUGCCAUCGGCUCAUCAAUCAUCAGAUCUUCACCAACCUCAUCCUCAUCUUCAUCAUGCUGAGCUCGGUCUCGCUGGCCGCCGAGGACCCCAUCCGAAACUUCUCUGCCCGAAACAUCGUUCUCGGUUAUUUAGACUACGCCUUCACCGCUAUCUUUACAGUGGAGAUCUUGUUGAAGAUGACGGCGUUCGGCGCUUUCCUUCAUAAAGGAGCGUUCUGCAGGAACUACUUUAAUCUGCUGGAUCUGCUGGUGGUCGGAGUGUCUCUCCUGUCCUUCGGGAUACAGUCGUCGGCCAUUUCAGUGGUGAAGAUCUUGAGGAUUCUGCGUGUGCUUCGCCCGCUGAGAGCCAUCAACAGAGCCAAAGGACUCAAGCAUGUGGUUCAGUGUGUGUUUGUGGCCAUCAGGACGAUCGGGAACAUCAUGAUCGUCACCACACUUCUUCAGUUCAUGUUCGCCUGCAUCGGUGUGCAGUUGUUCAAGGGGAAGUUCUACCGCUGUAGUGAUGAUGCAAAGUCAAGUCCAGAGGAAUGCAGAGGGACAUAUAUCGUGUACAGUAUUGGUGAGACGGCUCUGCCACAAACGCGUGAGAGGAUCUGGUUCAACAGCGACUUCAACUUUGAUAAUGUGCUGAUGGCGAUGAUGGCUCUCUUCACUGUCUCAACGUUUGAAGGCUGGCCAGCCCUGCUGUACAAGGCCAUCGACUCCAGCAAGGAAAACAUCGGCCCGAUCUACAACUACCGUGUGGAGAUCUCCAUCUUCUUCAUCAUCUACAUCAUUAUCAUCGCCUUCUUCAUGAUGAACAUCUUUGUGGGUUUUGUCAUCGUCACGUUUCAGGAACAGGGCGAGAAAGAAUACAAGAACUGUGAGCUGGACAAGAACCAGCGGCAGUGUGUGGAGUACGCUCUGAAAGCCCGUCCGCUGAGGAGAUACAUCCCCAAAAACCCCUACCAGUAUAAGUUCUGGUAUGUGGUGAACUCCACAGGCUUCGAGUACGUCAUGUUCGUGCUCAUCGUCCUCAACACGCUGUGUCUGGCGGUUCAGCAUCAGGGCCAGUCACGGCUUUUCAAUUAUGGGAUGGACAUUUUGAACAUGGUGUUCACGGGGGUCUUCGCAGUCGAAAUGAUUCUCAAACUGGUAGCCUUCCAGCCGAAGGGUUAUUGUGUGGACCCCUGGAAUGGGUUUGAUGCACUGGUGGUGAUUGGCAGCGUAGUAGACAUCGUUCUGAGUCAGCACUAUUUUGCCGAUGCAUGGAACACGUUUGAUGCCUUAAUUGUUGUUGGUAGCAUCGUUGACAUUGCGAUCACUGAGGUCAAUAACACGGAGGACAGCGCAAGGAUUUCCAUCACGUUCUUCCGUCUGUUUCGUGUCAUGCGCUUAGUGAAGUUGUUGAGCAGAGGAGAAGGCAUUCGCACGCUCUUGUGGACCUUCAUCAAGUCCUUUCAGGCUCUUCCGUACGUGGCUCUGCUCAUCGCCAUGCUGUUCUUCAUCUAUGCUGUCAUUGGGAUGCAGGUGUUCGGGAAGGUCGCUAUGGUGGAUGGAACCAGCAUUAAUCGUAACAAUAAUUUCCAGACCUUUCCACAAGCUGUGCUCCUGCUGUUCAGGUGUGCGACGGGUGAAGCGUGGCAGCAGAUCAUGUUGGCGUGUUUGCCUGGGAAACUGUGUGACUCUGAGUCCGACUAUAACCCUGGAGAGGAGAAGACCUGCGGCAGCUCCUUCGCCAUCCUCUACUUCAUCAGCUUCUACAUGCUCUGUGCUUUUCUGAUCAUUAAUUUGUUUGUUGCUGUCAUCAUGGACAACUUUGACUACCUGACGCGUGAUUGGUCGAUUCUUGGACCGCAUCAUUUAGACGAAUUCAAGAGGAUCUGGUCGGAAUAUGAUCCCGAGGCCAAGGGCCGUAUCAAACAUUUAGAUGUGGUGACGCUGCUGCGCAGGAUUCAGCCGCCGCUGGGCUUUGGCAAACUGUGUCCUCAUAGAGUGGCUUGCAAGAGGCUGGUUGCCAUGAAUAUGCCACUGAACAGUGACGGGACGGUCAUGUUCAACGCCACCCUGUUCGCUCUGGUCAGAACUGCGCUGAAGAUCAAGACUGAAGGCAAUCUUGAUCAAGCCAAUGAGGAGUUACGAGCCGUCAUCAAGAAGAUCUGGAAGAAAACGAGCAUGAAACUGCUGGACCAAGUGGUGCCACCUGCUGGAGAUGAUGAGAUCACUGUUGGGAAGUUCUAUGCCACUUUCCUGAUACAAGAUUACUUCAGGAAAUUCAGGAAGCGUAAAGAGCAAGGGCUUGUGGGAGGCCAGCCGCUGUUCAACUCCACCACCGCUCUACAGGCUGGUCUGCGCACACUGCAUGAUAUCGGGCCUGAGAUCCGGCGAGCCAUAUCAUGUGAUCUCCAGGACGAAGGACUCGUGGACGUCAGGAACCUUCACGAGGAGGAAGAGAUAUAUGGGAGGAAUGGAGUUGUGAUUGGGAGUCUGGUCAAUCAUGCGAGUGGAGAUCAGUACAGCACCAGCGUUACCCAGCGUCCUUUGCAGCUCCCGCUCCCUCUUUACUGCCAGUCAGACACCAGAUCCUCCAACUCGAAUGUCAACAGUGCCAGCGUGCCGGCGGGCCCCGUCUUCACCAACGGCUGGCACAGUCGGCCCUCCAGGGGCCUGGUGUCCUCUCUCAGCUCAUACCUCAACCUCAGGAGUGAUGGAGAAACACAGCUCAGGACUCACUCCAAGAGGCCUUGCUCUAGUGCUGUCGGAUAUCCCACUAUCCACGUGCAAAACCCCAGUCAUGCUGACAUCAGCGAUGAAGACAGAAACUCAGUUACGGAGUAUUACAGCGGAGACGAGCUUCACGAGGAGGACUUCAUGCUGGCUAGAGACAGGUCGUACAAAGACUUCCAGGACACUUUGAGUGACUGUGCUGCGGUUCGACAACUGGAUGUGUGUGAAUGUGUGUGUGACGAUGAUGAGCAGCUCAUAUCCCAGCAGUCUCAGAGGUCAUCAAAACGACAAUCCUCUCACAAGACCGCUUUCAAUUUUGAGUGUCUGCGCAAACAGAACAGUCAAGAUGAGAUUCCCCUGCAUCCCACAGGUCUACCGCCACAGCAUCAGGUGAAGACGGCGACCGGACAAGAAUCGAGUCGAGCGCGACUCUCUCCGACCCGCUCCAUCCGCUCGUGGGUCACGCCCCCGGCCACGCCCCCUCCCUACACACCCCUGGCUCAGGCCACGCCCAGCGCCAGCAGCACUCCCGGAUUGGUUCACAGGGGCUUCUGGAAUUCCCAGCACGGCUCUGAUUGGUCCACGCGUCCCCCCACCCCCUCCCUCUUGAAGGUUCCCCCCCGGUUGAGUGGCCAUCACCUGCAGCAGCGCAGCAGCGCUCACAGCCUGGUGGAAGCGGUGAUGAUAUCUGGGGGAUUGGGCAAAUAUGCGAAGGAUCCUAAGUUUGUGACGGUGACAAAACACGAGAUUGCCGAUGCUUGUGAAAUGACAAUUGAUGAGAUGGAAAGUGCUGCUAGCAACUUACUGAGCGUCACGCUAGGCCACGGGCCGGAGGCAGAAGAGAUGGGCUUGUGUCAGAGCAAUGUUCGUGACUACAGCGAUGAGGAGACGGACACGAGCAGCAAACGUGAGGAGGACCUCACCGACGAAAUGUUCUACGUCUCAGUAUUAUAGUAAAGAACUCAAAAUGAGCCCAACAAAGCUAAAUCAUGUAGAAAAAAAUGAAUCAAUGAGGUAAUUGUGCCUUUAAACUGGAGUAUCUGUUGGCUUAUGUGGACCGAUUGCUUCACGCUGAUGCAUUUGGAUCUUUUCAUUUAGUUAGCAAACCUUGUCUUGGAAAAUUUCCGGCAAGAUCCAAAUGUGAUGACGUUACCGGCCCAAGUGUUUUCCUCUGAAUCUAUGCAUGGACUGGACAGUGGCUCUUCAACCGUUGAAGAUCCCUAAGCAACUAACCAGCCAAAGUCCACCUGGUCAAAGCCACAGAACAUGACACGGUCACCAUUUGAGUCAAGAAUUGUACUCACUGUAUAUGAAGCAAUUUCAAUGGUAAAAGCUUCACAGCAAUACCUCCUGGUUGGAUAACUGAACUAUAUUCCAAGUCUUUCAAAUUAAAUUUCACAAAAAUGCAAGUCAUUAUUGACUGAAUGUCUCCUUUU